CGGGCGGCGGCAUGGCUAUAAAAGCGCGGCGGGGGCGCGUGCGCGCCUCUUUCUCAGUUAUCCGGGGUUGCGCUUAGGCGUAGACAGGCGAGCGCAGCCAAUAUGCCGGUGGCCCGGAGCUGGGUUUGUCGGAAGACAUACGUGACCCCACGGAGACCCUUCGAGAAAUCCCGCCUCGACCAAGAGCUGAAACUGAUCGGAGAGUAUGGGCUCCGGAACAAACGUGAGGUCUGGAGGGUCAAAUUUACCCUGGCCAAGAUCCGCAAGGCUGCCCGGGAGCUGCUGACGCUGGACGAGAAAGACCAACGGCGCCUGUUUGAAGGCAAUGCCCUACUGCGGCGCCUGGUCCGCAUCGGGGUGCUGGAUGAGGGCAAGAUGAAGCUGGAUUAUAUCCUGGGCCUGAAGAUUGAGGAUUUCUUGGAGAGGCGCCUGCAGACACAGGUCUUCAAGCUGGGUUUGGCCAAGUCCAUCCACCAUGCUCGGGUGCUGAUCCGCCAGCGUCACAUCAGGGUCCGCAAGCAGGUGGUGAACAUCCCCUCCUUCAUUGUCCGUCUGGACUCCCAGAAGCACAUCGACUUCUCCCUCCGCUCCCCGUACGGGGGUGGCCGCCCGGGCCGCGUGAAGAGGAAGAACGCGAAGAAGGGCCAGGGCGGGGCUGGAGCCGGCGAUGAUGAGGAGGAAGAUUAGGCCCCCUUAUCCCCCCUGGACUGGCUGAGUAUCUAGUUUUCCAGUCAGAUAAUAAAACAGAUCAACACUUUGCAA